AUGGCGCUGGCUGAUUGUGAAUUGGCAGCGAAGCUCGGUACGGACCUGGUAAUCAAUCAGACUGUGGAUGAGGACUAUUAUUUGAAGCUGAAAUUCGAUGGAAGCGAGUAUACAGUCAAAUGGCUGGUCGAUAUUCUCAAGGAAACACAUGGGGAAUUCGGCGAGACCCUCAAAUCGGAUCGAAUUCUGCAUUUAAGGGUUUUAUAUUAUUAAUUAUAGCAUGAAAUUUAUUUUAGUGGCAAUUAUUGACUGAAAUUUUGGGAUUAUCGAUUGAAAUUUUGAAGUUAUCGAGCAAGGUUUUGAAAUUAUCGACUAAAAAUUUUGAAAUUGUCGACCAAAUUUUUCAAAAAAUAUUGACUGAAAUUUCUCGAAAAAUCGACUAAAAUUUGAAAUUAUCGACCAAAAUUUUGAAAUUAUCGACCAAAAUUUCACAAAUCAUCGACCAAAAUUUUUGAAAAAAUUGACUAAAAUUUUGAAAUUAUCGACCAAAAUUUUGAAAUUAUCGACCAAAAUUUUGAAAUUAUCGACCAAAAUUUUUGAAAAAAUUGACUAAAAUUUUGAAAUUAUCGACCAAAAUUUUGAAAUUAUCGACCAAAAUUUUGAAAUUAUCGACCAAAAUUUCACAAAUUAUCGAGCAAAAUUUUUGAAAAAAUUGACUGAAGUUUUGAAAUUAUCGACCAAAAUUUCACAAAUUAUCAACUUAAAUUUUUCAAAAAAUCGACCAUAAUUUUCAAAUUAUCGACCAAGAUUUUAAAAUUAUUCACUGGAAUUUUAUAAAAAAUGAUGAUAACAGCUCGUAUUUUACCCUUAAAAAAUUGUUUUUUAGUCAAAUUUUACGGCAAAUUUUCAGCUUCUUUCCGUUUUCAGGUGGAUAUAAACGACAUUGGCGAUGGAAAAGGCCAUUUGUCGAAAGUCUAUCGUGCAAUUUUUCAAUUUGAAAACCGCAGAAGUCCUUUGGAUGUGAUUGUCAAAUUCCCGGUCCUCUCGGUGAUCAACAAGAUCCGGAAAGAUGCGGGAAUGGAUGUAAGUCACCUACUAUGGGUUGUCUGAGGAUUCAGGGAAAAAAAGAGUUUUAAGAUUUGGCCAAAAACUAAAGAAGUUUAGCCAAUUCAAAUCGGGCCACAAAGAUUCCCCACCCUGUAUAUAAAAGACGUCAUGAUGACUUUUCGACCAAAAUUUUUUGUUAAAAAUUGUUUUUAAACCAGUAUAGAAAAAGUUGAGCCAUAAUUUUCCAGCCUCUGAACAGCCUCUCCGAGGAUGCGCAGUUCGUUUUUGAGGCCCACAACCAUGAAUGCCUCUUCUACGAAAUGAUGGCCAAUGCCGACCGGGACGCUCCAUUCGUCCCGAAAGUCUUCUUUAUCGCUGAAACCGACCCUAAACAAGAUAUUCAAGGGGCGUUGGUGAUGGAGAGUUUCUUCGGGCGAACGGGCGGCCUUCAUUUCUUCGACUACGUCUCUCCCAACCAGACCAUGAGUAUUGCGGUCGGGUUGGCCAAACUGCACGCAUUCGCGUAUCAGCUGCCGGGUCAGCCGUGGAGACAGCGAGAGGGCGAAGCCUUCUACACGGAUCGAAUGGUCGAGGCGGCCGAGCGAAUCGAGAAAGCGGCCGUUGAGUACGGUAAGGGGAUUUUGAUGACUUAUGGGAAAAGCCAUGGAGAAAAUAAACAAAAAUGGUAUUUACCCUUAGGCAAUGAACUCAAAUUUUGUCUAAAAUUGUCUUAGAUGCUUUUUCAUGUCAUUGUAAACAAUUAUUGGCAUGGUAAAAACUUCUACAGCCAGAAACUUUUUUUCUGAAACGCAUUUGCUCAUGGAUAAUAUAAAGUCAUCAAAAAGCAAAAAAAUCCAAAAAAAACAUCAGAAAUAACCUCAAAAAUUUUGCAGAACUAAAAGAUUUCGACAAGAUCCAGUCCAUUCGCACUCGCACUUUCUUCAGAUACACGGCAUAUUAUCGAUCCAAAGAGCUGAAUGCGGUCGGACUGGUCCACGGCGACUGUUGGGGCCAGAACGUCCUCUUCAAUUUGAACGAAAACGGAACUGUCAGCGACGAUUUGGUUGCGUUCAUUGACUUCCAAAUGUGCAAUGCAGGUAAAUGCGUCGGAUUUUGGUUUCAAAAUGCGAAGGGGAAGAGUUGACCCAGCCAGGGGGGAGACUUGACUCACGCUCAGAUUUUAAUGAAAUUUGAGACAAGCCAAGGCGAUUCGUAUCCCCGAAAAUCAUAGCUCUCGGUUUGCAGGGCCAGCCGAGAUAUUCCGCAGUCUUCCGAGAGAGUACGCGAAAGGCGGAGGGCGGUCAGAGAAAAAAAAUGUUUUUUGGCCAUAUCUCUGCCAGUUUCGCGCGGAAAAAAUUGAUUUUUUGUGGAAAUGUUACACUCUCUAGUUGAAAUAACGCGGAAACUUUUCAAAUUUGCGAAAAAUUGUCAAAAUUUGCCCAACUUUCGGACAAAAAAUCUCGAAUCUUUUUGCAAAUAGUGAGCUGGAAAUUUCGUAUAUGGCUUGGCAAGAAAUAAUCUAAAUUUGUGCCAAGUUUCAUAAAAUUCCAUGAACUUUUUCCUUAUCUCAAAAUUUAGCAUAUUUUGGGGACUUUUGUCAAUUACAAUAUCAAAAAAUCAAGAGUUAAUGACAAACUAAGCAAUCCCGAUUCCCCCAACCUUCAGGGAAUUCGCUCAGCGACCUGGCCCGCUGGAUGACGGCGUGCGUGGACGCGGACGUUCGGCGCGAGAUCACGGGCGCCGUUCUCGACACCUACUACAACACUUUGGUCGCCGAAUUCUCAAAAUCCAACGCUCCGGCGCCCUUCUCCCGUCACGUUGUCCAGGAGUUGUACGAUUUGGCGGUGAUUCAGCAAGUUUUCGUUUGUGUUCUGCUGACCCCGGUGUAUUGCAAAAAAUCGCAUAGUACGGUGGAAGGAGUGGAUGAAGCGCGGAUCGCGAAAUGGGUGUUGCGAGUGAAGCUGUUGCUGCAAGAUGUGGACAAAUUGGUGGAGAAAUACCAGCUGAAAGAAAAAUUCGACUUGUCCAAAGGCGUGUAA